AUGAAAACCGGUCGCUUUUUGCCGUCAGGAAUGCACAUGUGCUCGUAUGCGUUCUCUGAAGAUGAGCUCAGCACUCAUAUUAACGUCGAUAUUGGAAGUGCAAGAGCACCGAUAUUCCACCCGCGAAAAUGGGAGGAGGCCCUUUCGAACAUGUUCCUUCUUCCUUUGUAUACAAAAACUGGGCACAGUCUUGGCCUUCCGCGGCUUUAUCACCUCGAUUAA